CACCACCUUCGCCGCCGCCAUUGCGUCGCCGACUGCUCCUCCGGCGAUGGGCUUCCCCUCCGUCUGCUACACGGUGAUUCUGCCCCGGCCCGUUGCAAUCGUACUCCACUUGCUCGAACGCCUAAAGCUCGCCGUCUCCGCCGCGCUCUUCUUCGUAGGCCUCGCUUCCUCCUCCUCCGCCGCUGCCGACAGCUUCUACCCUUUCGGCUACCCCAUCUAUCUCUCCGAUUCCCCCAUUCCACCAGCUGCCGUCAAGUCCCGCCUCCCCGUUGUCCGCUUCUCCACCCUCCGAUCCGACGCCGCGCCCCUCUGCGCCGUCUGCCUCGCCGCCCUCGAACCCCGCCACGAGGUCCGCCAUCUCGGGAACUGCGCACACGUCUUCCACAAGGCCUGCAUCGACAAGUGGGUCGACGUCGGCCAGGUCACCUGCCCCCUCUGCCGUGCCCUCCUCCUCCCCGGGCCGCCCAGAAGCCACCAGCAUCAACCGGAGGAGGUUAGCCCUAGGUCUCAUUCAAUUGGCUAGGGUUUCUAACUCUUCUCUGCUUGUAAUACAAAAAAUGUUCCUCUUCCUCCUUUGAUUUUCCUCUUUAUCAAUGAAUACCUGGCGAUCGAGUGCAUCAAGAACCCUAAUGUUAGAUUUGGUCACAAAUCAACCAGCAAAGCACUUGGUCAUGAAACUACCCACUUCUCAUCGUCAUUGCGAAUGAUCACAAGUGAAAAAUUAUCGAAAGCUA